AUGAAGCAGACCCAGACGGAAAUAGAAACAACAGUCUUCUGGAAGGGGAAAGAUAGCCUGAAAGCUCGUGACCUUGGGGAGGCCGGAAAAAGACGGCCACUCCCGAGUCAGCGGAGAGGACAAUUUGCUGAGUCUUUCCAGAGCAACCCGGAAGCGGAAGCGGAAGCGGCGGGAAGCAGCGUGGCUGGGAGAGAGGGGCCUGUGUUCGGGGAGAAGCUGGCCAGGUCCUGCGUGGGCAGCGGGAACGGGCUGACUCCUACAGGUCUUUCAGCAGCCCAGCGGAAGUUUGCGCAUUCGCUCAGAGACUUCAAGUUCGAGUUCAUCGGCGACGCGGAGACAGACGACGAGCGCUGCAUAGAUGCUUCCUUGCGUGAAUUUUCGAAUUUUUUGAAGAAUCUGGAGGAGCAGAGAGAAAUUAUGGCAUUAAGUGUAACCGAAACCCUGAUUAAGCCCUUGGAAAAAUUCAGAAAAGAGCAACUUGGAGCUGUAAAGGAAGAAAAGAAGAAGUUCGACAAAGAGACAGAGAAGAAUUAUAGCCUCAUUGAUAAACAUUUGAAUCUAUCAGCCAAAAAGAAAGAUGCACAUUUACAAGAGGCAGAUCUCCAGCUGGAGCAAAACCGGCAGCACUUUUACGAACUGUCCCUUGAGUAUGUCUGUAAGCUUCAGGAAAUCCAAGAAAGGAAGAAGUUCGAGUUUGUGGAACCCAUGCUGUCGUUUUUUCAGGGAAUGUUUACAUUUUAUCAUCAGGGCCAUGAACUUGCCAAAGACUUCAAUCACUACAAAAUGGAACUUCAAAUCAACAUUCAGAAUACACGGAAUCGGUUUGAAGGAACAAGGUCAGAAGUGGAAGAACUUAUGAAUAAAAUCAGGCAGAACCCCAAGGACCACCAACGAGCAAGUCAGUUCACAGCGGAAGGCUACCUGUACGUCCAGGAAAAAAGGCCAGCUCCAUUUGGCUCCAGUUGGGUGAAACACUACUGCAUGUACCGGAAAGCGGCCAAGAAGUUCAACAUUAUCCCGUUUGAGCACAGAUCUGGGGGGAAACUUGGGGAUGGAGAGGUGUUCUUUUUGAAAGAAUGUACCAAAAGGCACACGGACUCCAUUGACAGAAGGUUUUGUUUUGACAUAGAAGCCGCUGACCGGCCCGGCGUGCCCGUGACCAUGCAGGCCUUCUCAGAGGAGGAGCGGCGACAGUGGCUGGAGGCGCUGGGUGGAAGAGAAGCUCUGUUCCAUAGUUUCAAUAGAGCCAUCAUCCCAAGGCCGGAAGGAAGUGCACAGUUGGAUAAGAUGGGAUUCACGAUUCUCAGAAAAUGCAUCAGUGCAGUUGAAACACGAGGUAUAAAUGACCAAGGAUUGUACAGAGUUGUGGGGGUGAGUUCAAAGGUCCAGAGACUUCUGAGUAUGUUGAUGGAUGUAAAAACUUGCAGUGAGCUGGACCUGGAGAAUUCCAUAGAAUGGGAAGUGAAGACCAUCACGAGUGCUCUGAAACAGUAUUUAAGAAGUCUUCCAGAACCUCUCAUGACGUAUGAGUUACAUGGAGAUUUCAUUGUUCCAGCCAAAAGCGGCAGCCCAGAAUCUCGUGUCAAUGCUAUCCAUUUCUUGGUGCACAGACUACCAGAGAAGAAUAAAGAAAUGUUGGAUAUUUUGGUGAAGCACUUAACAAACGUUUCCAAUCACUCCAAGCAGAAUCUCAUGACCGUGGCGAAUUUGGGAGUGGUGUUUGGACCAACCCUGAUGAGGCCACAGGAAGAAACUGUUGCUGCCAUCAUGGAUCUGAAGUUUCAGAAUAUUGUUGUGGAAAUUCUGAUUGAAAACCACGAAAAGAUUUUCCGGACCUCACCUGAUACUACAUUCCCUGAGCCCAUGUGCCUGUCGCCUUCCCCCCCAAAUGCUCCACCAAGGCAAUCAAAGAGACAAGGACAGAGGAUGAAGAGACCUGUGGCUGUGUACAAUCUCUGUCUGGAGCUGGAGGAUGGUGACAGCCCUAACUCACCUAAGGAAGAAACCCCGGCCAGCAGUCAGGACUCACUUUCUUCCCCGUCUCCCACGACUACAGCUGCCCAUGGGCCCCCUGCACCAGACAGAAACCACCUGGCAGAUGGAGGGACCUGCGGGGACUCGGCAGCCACAGUCCCAGGCCAGACUCGAUCACCUAUGGUCCAGUGGCUUAACCCACAGUCUCCAACCACACCGGGCUCCAACCCAGCUGGUCCAUCUUCUUCGCUGGGUUCGUCACCUUUUCCCACCUCUGCUGCUGCCACCAUAGCAGAGAAGCCCCCAGAAAGCGUUAUCAGUCGGAAGGCUCGAGCAGUGUACCCGUGUGAAGCAGAACACAGCUCGGAAUUAUCUUUUGAAAUAGGAGCAAUUUUUGAGGAUGUACAAACCUCAAGGGAACCUGGCUGGCUAGAGGGCACUCUGAAUGGCAAGAGGGGUCUGAUUCCACAGAAUUACGUCAAGCUGCUGUAGCCCCGGGCCUCGGAGGACCACUGCUGACCCUGGUGCCCACACACUUGCCAGGGAGCGGCAUUUUACAAACCACAGCCACACUCGGGAAUCACUUGUCAUGGUUGGCACUGCACGCCUGGGGAAGGUGGAUGGAACCUGCCUCACAGAACUGUGUGGUUUGGUGGAUGAGCGCCGAUGAGUGUCGGGUUCACGGAAUGGCUUUUUCCCUUGUCAAGAGCCAGGACGUGGGGUUUUUAAUUAUUUGCCCCUAGAAGGAGAAGGGAGGACAGCUAUCUGCCACCUCCAUUGGCAGCCAUGGCACCAGACCCUCAGAGGACCCUCUCCCCUGCACCUGCUGCUGAGAUUUGAAAGGGAACUGUCCUUCCUCCACUGGGCUGCCGUAGUGGGGGGCGGGCUGGACCGCAGGUGUCUGCUGGUGCAGGGAAUCGGUCUCAGCCUGGGGAAAGCAGAGAGGGCAGCCCUCUCCACGCCUGCUCCUUCCUGCAGGGCCGCCCUGGGCCCCACACUCGCUCCACCUGCCCUGAGCACACCGGCAUAUUUAUAACAGGCUACUCUCCGGUGCUCCUCACCUGUGUGCUGUUUGUCCAGGGCUACCUUUUUACCCAAGAUCUCUCUGUAAAUGAAAUAAAGUGU